AUGGAUGUGCGAGCUGGUUUGCCAGGGACGAUUGGAAGGACACCGCUGAUAGAGUUAAAGUCCCUAACCGAGCUCUGUGGUGUCAGAAUCUUCGGUAAAGCUGAAUUCCUGUCACCCGGUGGCAGCGUCAAAGAUCGCGCAGCCCUUCGUAUAAUCACAGAUGCAGAAUCCAGUGGCAAGCUAAAACCAGCUGGUACUUUGGUCGAAGGAACAGGCGGAAACACGGGCGUAGCUCUCGCCCUCAUAGCACGCUCACGAGGCUACAAAUGCAUCAUAUGCAUGACUCGCACAAUAUCACUCGAGAAACGUGCCCUGCUCCACACAUUCGGUGCUCAAGUUGUCUUGACAGAACCAGUGCCCUUCACAAACCCACAGCACUACUACCACGUCGCUGCAUCCAUCGCAUCAAAGACUCCAGGCGCAUUCUUUUGUAACCAGUUUGAGAAUCUGAGUAAUUAUGCAACGCAUUAUGAGGGGACUGGACCGGAGAUGUAUGUGCAGUCUGGGAGGGAGAUUGAUGGGUUUAUAUGUGCGGCUGGCACGGGCGGGACGCUGGCUGGUGUGUCGUUGUAUUUGAAGGGGCAGGAUCCUCGGAUAAAGUGUUUUUUGAUGGAUCCUCCGACGUCGCAUCUAUAUCAUUAUGUCAGGACGGGUGAGCUGCGGCCGUUAGAGGGGAGUGAUGCUGGGUUGGAGGGUAUUGGGAUUGAUAGAGUUACGGAGAACUUUAAGAAAGCUAAGCUUGAUGGUGCAUUAACAGGAACAGCACGUGAAGCAAUCGAAAUGGCAUACUACAUCCUGAAACACGAAGGCCUCUUCCUAGGAACCAGUGCAUGCUUCAAUCUUGUCGGUGCUUGCAAACUUGCGCUUCUCCUGAAAAAGUCUGGUGCUGCUCCGAGAGCUAUAGCCACGAUAUUAUGUGAUUCGGGUGAUCGCUACCUGUCGAAAAUAUAUAGUGGAGAGUGGUUGAAGGAGAAUGAUUUGGUGCCGGUUGCGAGGGGGCUGGACUUUAUACAGGUGGAUGGGAAUUUGUAG